AUGAGCAAAUCGAACGUGGCGUUCGACACGCUCAUGAGGGCUCGUGAGGAGGCUCGUAGAGCUGAAUCCGAGCAGCGCAUCGCAGCUCGAGAGCUCCGCAUAAAGUUGCAGGCGGAGAGCGAGAGGAAGAUGAAGGAGUCGCUGGAACGAGAUCAAACGAUCCUGACCAGGAGGACGCAGGCACACAUAGAGAAGGAGCGAGAAGAUAACCAGAGAAUCGUCGAGAGGCUCACCAACCGAUAUGCCCGCGUGAUGAAGCAAGACCCGCGAGGAGCAGGAGAGAUUCGCGUCAGCCGGAGAGAGGAGAGCAAGGAGAGCAUGCAGGAGACGGAUCGAGUGAAGAGGAUGAUAGAGAAGCGACUUCAACCUGCUGUCGAGAAGAAGUCCAACGCACAGCUCGCGGCAGAAUACAGAAAGAGAGCAGAAGCCAAGGCAAAGCUCAGGAAGGAGGAGGAGGAGGCGGCGAGGGCGGCGGAGGAGGAAGCGUUUCUUGACAGGAUAAGGAAUUUUGAGCUCUUUCCCGCUCCCUCCCACAGGCCGAGAUCUCGCAGCCCUUCCAGCCGAACACCAGCGACCUUACAAGGUGGGCAGAGUGCCAAGAGCUCACAGUCGGCGAGGUCAGUGACCAAUGUAUCGGAGACGGAGAGUGAAGCCGCUGAGCGACAGCAACACGAGCAUGACGUCUGGCAGUUCUCUCAUACGGUGAGGGAAGCCAUGAUCAACGCCAAGCUUCCCGUGCUGAACCUGCGCGGCAUGCUGUGGGCGGGCGACUCUUUCAUCGGCCGCGCGUACAAGAACCUGGACCGCAUCCAGAUGAAUUGCCCGCUCAUGAUGGACGCCUCCUCCGCCCUGUUCCUCCUCGCCGACGGCCAUCACUCCAUACGUGCAUGUGAACACGUGUGUAAUCAGAUGGCGGCGUGCAUCGGCAAGAGGACAACAAGAAUAGGGAAGAACAUCAGCAAGGAGACGGUGGAGGCGCUCAAGCAGGGAAUUCUGGACUGCGAUGACAUGUAUACGAAAGACCCGACCUCCCCAAGGACACUUUACUGCGCCAACCUCGGAAGCAACAGAGCUGUUCUGUGCUCUGGAACUGACGCUGAAGAUCUCUCGAGGGACCACGUGGUCUGGAACCCGCUAGAGAAGAAGAGGAUCAGCUACACCCGAGCUGAAAUCCGCGACAACCAGCUGACCUUCUUCGACGAGGAGACAAGAAAAGAAUUCACAGCUCCAGUCACCCGAGGCAUUGGCGAGCACGAGCUGACACGCAAAGAUCGCUUCCUCGUCGUUGCAUCGCGCGGCCUCUGGUCAGUCAUGAGCAGUCAGGAGGUUGUGGAUCAAGUGAGGGAGAUGCUCAUUGAGAUUAUCUUUGACGACGUGGCUGAGCUCGGCCUUCGCGAUCUCUACGAGAAGAAGGCCAAGACUGCGAGCUACUCGCAGAAGCUGAAGGACAUCAACCUCCGCCGCGGGGAUCUCACUCCUUCCCACCACCACGAGCAAGGGAUCGACGCUCUCGACUGA